CAGGUCGCGGCGGCGACGCCAAUUGAUACAGUGCCCGUUUGUAAAUUGGGUCUAGCCUCGAUCUAACCGUGCAAACACCAUGUCCCUGCGACCGGGCAAACAGCGCCUGCAAUUUGUUGCGCUUAUCCUGGGCGACGGUCGGAAUGUUCUGAACUCUGCUCGAUGACGUCGCGACGAGGUUACUUCUUUGAAUUGUGCCCCAUAAUAUCCAGGGGGAUCGCAAGGCGUGUUGUAUUUACCAUCGCAAGGAUGUAGAUCGACGAUUUAGAUUUUGCCUAACUAGACUGCAGACACGUUUGACGGCCCUUCUGAAGUGGUACUAGGCAAAUAUAAAUAAGCCACAAAUAAUGUCGGGCGAGCGGUUUUCGCAGCUUUCCGCCGAGCUUUACCUCGAGCUUGAGCAGGCGAAGAAGAAUAUCAAGGCACAGGAAGACGCGCUUUACCGGGAAAUUAGCGAGCAGCGGGCCGUGCUGGAGCGCGAUUUCGAAGAGCGGUACCGCGACCUGCAAGCGCGCGAAAAUGCCCUCGCGGAAGAGAAGCGGAUCAUGACAGCGAGCAACAUACGGGAGAACGACGUGAUUUCCAUUAACGCGGGCGGUGAAAUUUUCACGAUGAAGCGCAGCACGCUGACCCAGGUGUUCCCGCAGAGCUACCUGGCAAACCUGUUCUCCGGGCGGUGGGAGUCCUCCAUCGAACGGGACCAGCAUAACAACUAUUUCCUUGACUUCGACCCGGCGAGCUUCCACUUGAUUUUGACCUACCUCCGCGACAAAAAGAUUGAAACACCGGAGCGCCCUGCCGCGGUUCCGCUCGUCGCGGUGGACAAGAAGGAGCACUUCGAGAAUCUGCUGUCGUACCUCGGUUUGAAGGACCAGGUGCCCGUGAAGAUGAACCCCGGCGCAGCUGCAAGUCCCAGUGCACCGCAGCAGCAGCAGCAGGACCAAUUCAUGCGGGACAUCCCUGUGGCGGACGACCGCCGGCCGAGAGGGGUCUCGCAGUCCAAAAAUUCGGAAAAUUCCGCUGGGCACGGCACGGACGGAACCACAACCGGGGGCGAAGAUCGCACGCUGGUGGGCAGCCAAGCCUCCCUCCCCCAGGAGCAGCUGCAGCCCGCACCAUACGGCAGAGCUAGCGUUGGCAGCGCGACGGUUCCCGCGCGCAUGGAUACCGAGGACCAGCCGUCCUCCUCGCGUAUCCCGUUGAGAAAAGCUCCACCAUUCUUCUAGAAGAUCGGGUUACAGCUGCAGGAGCAACGAUCCUUAUCCUUGCAUGAACGAAGCACGUAUCUAUCUGUAAUUGCAGUGCAGCCUGACAUCCCGACUGGAAGUUGUCGGGCAGGGGCUGUUUUCAAUGUGAUACCCCAAGAGCAGCAAGUGGUCCCCAAGAAGAGUGUGCCCGGGUGGUCGCGACGCUACGCGCACCCGAGCAUCGUGCUCGGGGACGACGGCCAGAUUUGCCAGAUCCCAGACACGCGGCAGAUCGGCAACGCCGCCGCCAUUCGCGCGACGCGGGGCUUCAACAAAGGCACGCACGCAUGGCAAGUUACGGUGCUUAAGGCGUCCGACUACAGUUACCUCGGCUUCGUGGACGAUGCGUGGAAUCACUUCCAGUGCCCCCUUGGAAAAGCGCAGGGCAGUUGGGGUAAGUACUUGUAGCACAAUAAGAUUGUUUUUGUUCAUUCACUCACACUGUGUGAGUUUCUCGAAUUCACUCACACUGUGUGACUCCCUACGCUUGGUCGUUCACCGCCAAAACGGGCGGUUUUUGGUCUUGUUGUAGUGCCUAAGCUCUCACAAGCUUUUGCAAAGGACUUACUCUCAGGAUUCAGUAGCUGUAUAUGUCAGACAGUAACUCGUGCGCCAUAAGACGCGAGCAAAGGGUUGUUUUUGUUCAUUCAUCUCCAGAGAUCAAAGUUGUCUGUGUCCAACGUAUAGUAAGAACGCGGCCGUUGUCUUCCUCUUUGUCAGCGAAGGGCAUGCAAGCAAGCUAGUUUUGUCAUAAGGUUUUGACUAGUCUAAAAAAGUGUUUUGCACAACCAGAGGAGAGCCUCCGGAUACAGAGAGGAAACGCUAUCAACAUCUUCAAGCACAACCCUCUUGAUUUGCAGGUAUUGCGGCGAACGGCACGCUUCACGUACAGAAACAUGCGAUCGCGAGCGAGAAGGUGAUCGCGUUUGGCGACGGAAGCAAAGUGGGCUUUGUUUUGGACAUGGAAGAGCGGGUGUGUCACGUCAAAAUCGACGAGAUCCGGUACGACCGGCUUUUCACCGAUCUACCCAGCGUCAUCUAUCCUGCGGUGUCCAAUUGUCGUUCCCCGGCAGUGUACAAAAUCGAAUUUUAGCAGUCCUGCAGCUCUCGCUCUCCGAUUUGUCCGGGCCCGGCGAUAGUAUCUAUUUGCUACUCUUCUGCUUUUUUGGCGACCUAGCGUGAUUGGCAUUCCUAGUCAGUGUGAUUGACCUGCUGAUGUGUGGCAAUCUCAGACAGGCCCGAAAGAGCGUUGAUUGAUAUGACUCGGGGAAUCUAGCGCGUCAAGCUGCUGUGACUCAGUGCAUGUGAAUAUUCAAUCUGCCAGUAAAAACAACAAGAAAAGUAUCUAUACUACUUGUGUUAUUUUCGCUUGUUUUUGUUGUAAUUGUAUCACAUCUACUACUUUUUUUAGGUAGUUGUGUUGCAGCAAAGCCGAAAAGGGACAACUACGGAGAAGAAUCUUUGCGGGCUUUUCGGCUCGAUUGCAACACACGGUCAAGCGCCCGUGUGCACUGCGUACUGAAAAAAGACUUGCGCGCAGUGCCACAAGCAAGCGAGUGCCACUACGUGCUAAAGCGGUCACGUAAAACUAAAUCAUGCAAAACCACAUGGCAAACAAACAACGAGAGUGAUGUCCUUCAGAUGUAGGUCUACGCUCAUGUUCAGACGCAGCCAAAACCGUGCCUCACCAACUCCGAGGCCCAUUCACGCUGUUUUUUUCACAUCUCGCGAACCUUUCCUUCGAGUUGCAUGCAUCACUGUGCAGUCUGUUUUGUUUCACUGGUGGGUGUUUUUUGUUCCUUUCUUGCAUCCCGUAGCACACGAAUAAGAAUGCAAUACAGACUAGAUCCACG